GCUGUGGGUUGACGUUGAUCUAUUAUCAACGUUACGGUAGGAAAGGAAAAAAAAAAAAAAAGAUAUGACGUAAAGGCACACCUCCAGCUUGGAAGGACACCAGCCGGCCGAGGAGGCACCUCAGCACCAAGGACAGGCCGACCAGACUGGCUCCUCCGGCCGCAGCGGCGGGCGCAGACUCUCGGUCCGGCAGAUCGCGAACCAUUCCCGCGCUGACGGUGUGCCGGUGUCUCCGGGGGGCUGACAGGACUGAUCGUUUGCCUAUCGAGCAGACCAGUUUGGACAAUGCCCUUCUGAGAGAAAGAGAGAGAGAGAGCUGAUUUCAACAUGUCAAGCACUCAGAUAGACAAUGGCUCUGCAAACUCAGCAGAAGCUAAGAAAACAGACCUGAGAAUGAAUGAGAAGAAAUGCUCAUGGGCUUCCUAUAUGACCAAUUCUCCAACAGUGAUCGUAAUGAUCGGCCUGCCUGCAAGAGGAAAGACCUACAUGUCAAAGAAACUCACACGUUACCUCAACUGGAUUGGAGUCCCAACCAAAGUGUUUAACUUAGGCGUGUACCGCAGAGAGGCUGUCAGAGCUUAUAAGUCCUAUGAUUUCUUCCGCCACGACAAUGAGGAGGCCAUGAAAAUAAGGAAGCAGUGUGCUCUGGUAGCUCUGCAGGAUGUGAAGGCGUACCUGACGAAGGAGGGAGGUCAGAUCGCAGUGUUUGAUGCAACAAACACAACGAGAGAACGGCGAGACCUCAUUCUAGCUUUUGUGAAGGAGAAUGCAUUCAAGGUGUUCUUUGUGGAGUCGGUGUGCGACGACCCAGAGGUCAUUGCUGCUAAUAUUCUGGAAGUGAAAGUGUCCAGUCCAGACUACCCUGAGAGACACAGAGAGAGAGUAAUGGAUGACUUCCUCAAACGGAUCGAGUGCUACAAGGUCACGUACCAACCGUUAGACCCUGAUGAUUACGAUAAGGACCUAUCUUUUAUCAAGGUGAUGAACGUGGGCCGGCGUUUUCUGGUGAACCGGGUGCAGGACUACAUCCAGAGUAAGAUCGUCUACUACCUCAUGAACAUCCACGUGCACUCUCACUCCAUCUACCUGUGUCGGCACGGAGAGAGCAACCACAACGUUGAAGGCCGCAUCGGGGGAGACUCGGAACUCUCUCCUCGAGGGAAACAGUUCGCCCAUGCCCUGCGGGAUUUCAUUGAGGAGCACAAGCUGUCAGAUUUGAAGGUGUGGACGAGCCAAUUGAGAAGAACCAUCCAGACAGCGGAGGAGCUCGGCGUUCCUUAUGAACAGUGGAAGAUACUCAACGAGAUUGAUGCCGGUGUGUGUGAGGAGAUGACUUACGAGUUGAUCCAGAAGACAUUCCCAGAGGAGUUUGCUUUGAGGGACCAGGACAAGUACCACUAUCGCUAUCCAGGAGGAGAGUCCUACCAAGACCUUGUUCAACGUUUGGAGCCAGUUAUCAUGGAGUUAGAGAGACAGGGCAACGUGUUGGUCAUCUGCCACCAGGCUGUGAUGCGCUGUUUGCUCGCUUACUUCCUGGACAAGAGUGCAGAAGAUCUACCGUACAUGAAAUGUCCGCUCCACACAGUGCUCAAGCUGACCCCGGUUGCAUACGGUUGUAAAGUGGAAAUGUUUUAUCUUAAUGUGGAGGCAGUAAACACACAUCGAGACCGGCCUCUUGGUAAAAUCCCGAGGGACUCUGCUCUCAUACAUCGGCGGAAUAGUUACACUCCCUUGUCCAGUCACGACCAGGUCAAGCGUCCCAGGCUCUACAGCGCGGGCAACCAGCCCUGGCUACCGCUCGCCCCCACCCCAUCAGCUCUGAUGCCAGAGGGACGGCAAAGCCAAGUUAGUGCCAGAGUUACAGGCUCCCCCUCUAAAUCAGUCACCGUCAACUGUAAUCAGUCACCUCCCACCACAGUUGUAACCCUGUGUUUGGCAUCCCCCGCCUCAGUUUUGGAUCCUCUCGAUGAUUUAUUGUCUGUGUUGAAAAAUGACGUACAUAUGGAAUCCAUCUCUAUCUAUCUUUUCUCUCUCAGGGCAUGUUUAGGAUCUUGGAUGGGUUGCUGUGUCUCCUUUUAACGUUGUGCCUGUCUGUUUCCAAAGUCUUGCAUGACCUCUGCUUCACCAGUGGGCUGUCUCCGGCUUGAAUAUGCAGAACAGCAUGCAUACUUUUUUGCUCAGGAAAGCUCCUCAGACUUAAUAAGAUACAAAAGACACACAAACAUCAAAGACAUCUUGUACUGAAUUUCGUAUUUCUGAGUCCCAUUUGAGAAAAGUCGAGGGCAAUUUGAGAAAAUUAACAUAAUACAUACAGUAAAUUACACAUUUAGAGCUUAGAUUUAAAGAUGCAUAUUCAUAUUUGUACGUCUUGUGUAUUGUUGUGUUGGCCUUGCAUUGUGGGUACAGUGCUUCAGCCCUUCUCCACAUUUCUAUGUAUCUCUCUCUUUCUACACUUUCUUCAACUCUGUCUUACAGCCUCGGAUAGGAAGCGGUUGUCUGUGAGUAUUUUGGAGACUCCGUACAUGUUACCAGCCCUUCAUUUUCUUUCCCAUAAUUCAACUCAUGUCAUUGUUAACCCAUGUCAAUAUGUUGUCACAGUGGUGUAUAGUUUUAUGGUUUCUCUAACCUUCCAUCACCUUUGCACUUUAGUUAGAACAAACGCUGCUGAUGAUUUUGUUUCAUCUCAGCGGCCUUAUCAAGAACACUAUCAGACUCUGAUUCUUUGGUAGUUUGAUAAACAGCUGCAAUCAUGAAGUCAACUUCAAUAAAACUCUCUGAUGACAGUAUUUGUUGACAUUUCAAAAUUUUGGAAAUAAUUCUGCUAAUAUGAGGGUAGAUUUCUUUGUUAGUGCAUAAAGUGAAGUGUGCUAAAUUAUAAUUUGAAGCCAAUCAUACAUGGGGUCAAAUGUGAUUAAUAAUUAAUAACACUUCUGGAUAAUGUGCUAAAGAAGAGUCUCAACUAAUGUGGCUGUUUUACCACACUUUUACAUUGUGACCUAAUUUUUCAAAUGGGAACUUAAGACUCCUGGUCCCCCCUACCCCCCCGACCCCCCUCUGGGGAGCUAUUAGUUUCCUCGAAUAGGAUUUGCUGCUGUGAGGCAUUAAUUUGUGAAAGUCAGUGACAUUUUCUCUUUCUUGAAGGAGUCCCUGUGCGAAGGAAUCGACUUUGACAGCCCCGAAGAAACUAGUGGCUGUGUCCGCUUCUGAGUGAAGACGAAAGCGUCUUUCUUCAUGGCACAAUGUGGGCAAAAGGUUCUGGGUUCAGUCAUGUAACACAAGACAGAAAGAAAUGUUUUUUUUUUUAACACUUUCUGGAUGGAACAACAUUCACAUGAAGUCGAAGAACAGUGUCUUUCAAUCUCAAUUCUGUUUAACUUUACUCUGCAUGUUGAGGCUUUUAACUGGAAGCCUUAUCAUUAGUAUCAUAAACACUUUCUGCAUGCGCGCCCAAAUCAAUCAAUGAACAAUAAGAAGAUCAGAACUGGCAACUCUUUGUGAAUACUACCAUGCCUUACUGUGUACUGAUAGAAUUAGCUCCUCUGUAUGCCACUGAAUGUAACGAGAACAAGUUAUGCAUUAUUAUGUUGAAAAGCAGUUUUUAAACUAAUGCAAAUAGACCAUGAUAUAAAAUAGAUGCUGUAAGAAAUAUUUUUAUAGUACGAAUCCACUCAUCUACCAUACAAACGAGCUGUAGUUGUGAUUCUUAUGUGUUAUGUUAUUGAUUUAGAUUUCACAGAACGUGUGACUGAAGGAAAUUAAAAUACUGUACUGAGUUUUCUGUAUGUUUUCUGUGUUGUUAGAAAAAUACACCACAUUGCUGGACACACUGUAUACCAGCAGUAGAUAAAGAAACACAGCCAACUUUUCUGCUACGAGCUGCCAUUCACAUACCAACUGUAUUAAUCCGGUGUUAAUUGUCACAAACACUAAAUCCUGAAUAUUCAUCUGUUAAUCCAUUCUUCUUGUUGCCUGUGAAUUCUAGGAAGGGAUUUUGUACAACCAUCACAUGUUGAUGGUAUGUUAGCUAUUUUCUGACAUUUGUGUUUGUGAUAUCAGAGACUACUGGUCAAACAUUUGUUUUUGCUUCAUGCUAAUGUAUCUUUUCUUCUUGGAUUCUUAUCACAUAAGCCAUUUUUCGACACACAGAUUUGAUUUAAUAACAGACAGUGGUACAGGUUUAUUUCUAUGACUGUAAUGUGUGACUGUUGACAGCGUAUUGCCCCGCUCAAAGCAGCCUACUUGUGCCUUUUUAGCAGACAAUAAAAAGUGAAUUUUGAGGUGAUAUUUUAUUCCAUAGAAAUGUAGGAGAUCUCAGCAGCACAUGGCUUCUUCCAAAAGGAGUGAUCCAAGUCUGUUACAAGUUAUUUUAUUACUAGUGAUCAUUUAAUUGUUCCUUGUUUCAUGCAAAAUUGUCUCAAAAAUAAUUAAAGAACUGAAUAAAUAAGA